UCUUAAAUUCAAUCAUAUGUUUUAGUUGAAAUCAUUUCCAUUUCACUAAACACACAGAGAAGCCAAUGGUGAAAAACAAGAAGACGACGAAGAAGAACAACCCAACCGACAGCGACGACGACGACGACACCUUCUACUAUCGCUACGCCUCCGCCGCUGCAAACCCUCCGGAUGGCGCCGGCGCCACCACCUCCGCCGCCAAAAAACACUCCGGCGGUGGAGGCGGCUCUGGAACCCUAGCGCCGUCGAAAUCGACGCUCUACGUGUCGAACAUCGACUUCGCCCUCACCAACUCCGACCUCCACACGCUCUUCUCCACCUUCGGCAAGAUCGCGCGAGUGUCCGUCCUCAAGGACCGCCACACGCGCCAAAGCCGCGGUGUUGCAUUCGUCCAGUUCGUCUCCCGAGACGACGCCGUUUUCGCCGCCUCACAGAUGCACGGCAAGGUCCUCAACGGCCGAACCCUAACGGCCUCGAUCGCCGCCGAUAAUGGCCGCUCGGCGGAGUUUAUCAGGAAGAGAGUCUACCGGGACAAGAGCCGGUGCUACGAGUGCGGAGCCGAAGGACACCUGUCGUACGAGUGCCCGAAGAACCAGCUGGGGCCGAGGGAGCGCCCACCGCCGAAGAGAGAGAGAGGUAGAGGAGGAGGAGGAGGAGGAGGAGGAGGGAGAGGGACUAAUUGCUGGAGAGAGAAUGAGCAGGAUGAGGAGAUAGGACCGGACGGCGGGGAAGGGUUUGAGGAGGACAAUUGGGCGUCGGUGGUGGACGGCGGCGCAGACGAUAGGCUGUUGAGAAGCCGCGGCGACGGCGGGCAGGAGAAGAAGAGGAUGAAGAAGGCGAGUUACUUCAGCGAUGAGAGUGGUGACGACGAGGACGAUUGAUUGAUGCAUUGAUUAUUCAGUGUUUUUUCAAGAAAUCAGGUGGAGCUAUUACAAACUAAACAAAGUACUGAUUAAAGCAUCAAUUUUAGUCUGGGGCAGGGAUUUGCUUGCCAAUGUCUGUAGGUGAGAGUUGGGAAUGGUAGUUCGGUUUGUCGGUUUCCUGGACCUGGUUCUUAUCUCCCUAUUUCCAGUCCCGAUCUAUCACUGAAAAUUUAAAGGUUAUUGAGGUUUCUCUUCCCUGCUGGAUGCUGAAAUUUGAAAGGAAAAAAUGUUGAUAAUCCUUGGGAAAUUGAUAAGAAUUCAGUCCUUGGCAUUCCUCCAGGCUGUAGUAACCUUGAAGAUUAAUUGUGGCAUUAUGGUGACAAUGGGAACUUGUUAGACCCCUAGUGAAGCAGGUUUACACUAGGAGGGCCAAAACGGGUAGAAAACACAGAGUUAGGGGCCUAAGGGAAAAUAUUGAAAGUGGCUAAGAUGGGCUGACGUCAAGGGGGCUAAUCUGGGAGUAAUUUGAAUGGGGGAAGGGGAGUAGGUUUAGGCAAUGAGUAUUUUCAUCUUCUGAGUGUUGGGUGUGUUGCCGGAACGGCUGGGAGUGCCGGAGAGCUCGAAAUCUCCAAUCUAUCUUUUAUAUUUAAGUGUAAUUUGGUGUUCUUGCCUCUGAUUGGAUUAAUAAUAUUCCCUCCGAUUACUCUCAUUUUCUUACUGUUUCUGGUGUGUGUGAGUGUGGUAUUGGUGUUUGGCUGAUUUUCUGAGUUAGGUUCCUAACAGAACUGUUCUGUGACAUCAAGUUACUCGCUUGCACUUGAACCGAGGAACGGUGUGUUACAACCCUUGAGUGGAACUCAUUCCCAAAAGUUAGCUUUUAGAGAGAGGGUGCCCAAGUGGUUAUAAACCCACAUGCUAAGCCCAUACUUUAGCAACGUGGAACUCAACUAGGACCUAACACUGUGAUAAUGUUUUAGACCUUAGGGUUCUGCUUUUCAGUUGUGGAAUGGGCUAUGAUCUUAAAAAUCCCCCAUAAAUUGAAAAUCUCCAUAUAGAAGGGCUGCAGCAAUUUUUUGCCUUCUCUUCUUAAUCUUCAUGAGCAAGGUAUUGUUUUCUUAACUGUUUACCCAAGAUGCGGUGACAAGUCUGAAUCCUCUUACCAUACUUUUAUUUGAGCGUACUCCUGCUGUUUGCGUCUGGAUGCUAUCUGAGUGGUGGGAUGUGCUCUCUUCUUAAAAAGACAGCUUGGUUGAUGGUCUGUUGGACAUGGUCUUCUGGUUGGCUGAUCGCGACGUUAAUCGUUUUUGCAUUGUGCUGUGGAGUGUUUGGAAUGAUCAAAACCUUAUGAUCCACAGUGGUUCCUGCAGGUGUGCCCCCAAGUGCUGUGAAGAUGCUAUAGCCCUAUUUGAGGAGUUUAGGCGGGGUAUCGAGCCUGUUUUGGUUCCCAUGGUGCAGCCUCCUCCUAUGACUUCCAAUUUGAUAAGCCACCGGUGCAUUUCACUUACGUGAGGAGGAAUAAAAGGCAAGGGCAAAAAGGGAAUUCUGUGACUGGGCUGCCUAAUGUAGAGUGAAUAGGAUGUAGGAAUAACUGUUUUUGGGCGGGAAAUAAGGGAGAUAUAAAGGAGUGGAAGUAAACGGGGAAGGCAGAGAAUUGUUUUGUGUAGAAUUUGGAGUUCAGGUCUCUCGAAUACCUGAUUGUGUGAAGUGUGUUCGGCAAGAAUCUUGUCUCAUUCUUCCAAUUGUUUGUUCAAUUCAAUAAUACUUGCAUAAUAAAAUCUUAACUUUCGAUUUUGUAUCACAAUUCUUAGUGCCCGGCGCCUUUGGCUGGAAAUUUGAAUGUAUAAAAGCUGAACAUUCAUGCAGCAGUUGUUCCUGGCUUUGAUUGGAUUGGUGCUGGAGCAGUUAUUAAGGUUUGCUCAGCGGCUGUUCUUCUUAUCAUUUAAGUGAGUGCUAAGGCCGCACGUUUGCUAACUUGAAAAGUAAGAGCGAGACAUAAGGCUGCUAAGCGUGUGCUUGGAAUUUUUUUUUCUCCGGGUGUUGCAGAGUGUGUGGUUGUUAUAGCUCUCCUUUGCCGUGGAGGGACAGGGGCCCAUCAUUGCUGAUGUCUGCUAUUUGUGGCUGGUUCCUGACUUCUGGUUAAUCGAUUUCCUGUUUGCUCCCAGAAGUCCCAACAAAGUGGCACAUCACUUGGCUUGCACUGGUUUUAACUGUUUUAGUGACCUUUUUUUUGUUUUUGGGAAUGACUUGGUGACCAAUUUUGGUUGGAGGAACUUCCUGAUUGUGUAAACAGUUUGUAAUUGCAGAUUCUGUUCCGUGAGUGAGUGAAAUUGUCUUCUUCUUGUUUUUUUUUAA